AUGACUCAAAUCGGCUGGUAUGGCCUUGGAUCCAUGGGUCUCGCCAUGGCGAGCAACCUGCAGCGACACCUCGUCACCAAAAAGUCCCUAAACCUGCUCUACACCAACCGCACAAUGUCGCGUGGUACACCACUGCAGGCCCUUGGCGCCGUCGCCGAACCCAGCUUUGAGAAGCUGGUAUCGCGCUGUGGAAUCAUUUUCACUAUGGUCGCAAAUGACUCUGUUCUACAGGGCCUCAUCUCUUCAGCUGUCCAAUCGGGCGAUUCACUCAAGGAUAAGAUCUUUGUUGAUUGUUCGACCGUUCACCCCGAUAUGGUGAGUUCAGCUAUUGCGCAGCUGAAAGUACCCGGUGCUUCGUUUGUUUCUGCGCCUGUUUUCGGCGGGAAUCCUAUUGCCGUUGAUGGCAAGCUUGUAUUCGCAAUUGGUGGCCCUAAGAGCGCGACCGAUGCCGUGAAGCCGCUUAUUCAAGAUGUCAUGGGUCGUAAGGUCAUUGAAUGUGGUGAGGAUGCUACCAAGUCUUCUUUGUUGAAGAUUGCUGGUAACAUCGUGACUGUUAAUAUGAUGGAGGCUGUUGGUGAGGCACAGGUCUUUGCUGAGAAGACUGGACUUGGUACGGGUCCUAUGGAAGAGUUGAUCGGUGAAGCUUUUGGUCCUGUGGCCGGCGGCUACUCUAAGAGAUUGACUACUGGAGCCUACGCACCGCCCCUGGACUCGCGCCCUGGAUUCGGCGUAUCCUUGGCCAUCAAAGAUGCGAAUCAUGCUAUUUCCAUGGCACAGGCAGAAGGUGUCAAACUUCCUGGUCUCGAGCUGGCUCGUGCCAACAUGGAGGCUGCUAGAAACUAUGGUGGUGAAUGCCUCGAUAGCAGUUCUAUGUAUGGAGUACUGCGACAAAAGGCCGGCCUUACAUUCUGGAAUGAGAAGAGCCGAAAGCAAUAG